UCUGUAUCCUCCCUCCUUCCCUCUCUCGCCUUGCCCCUUUGCUUGCUUCUCUCUGUCUCCCUCUGUCUCUUCAUUUUACCUACUUGUUUACCUGUUAAGCUAUUGAGGAGGUCUUAGUGAUGUUUACACAGUGAUGUUGUAAUUUUUUCUUCAUCUAAGAGGCUGAUGCUAACAUCUUAACUAACUCUUAUUCAGAUAAUGGCACGAUUAACAAUUUUCUUAAUAAAUUGUUUUCAGUUUUUUCCUUUUUAUUAACAACUGAAUGUUAUACAAUACAAUGAGACAGCACUUCAAGUUAAUUUUGACUGGAAGUAUUUUGCACGUAAAGAUAACCUUUCGGGAGCCAUGUUUUGGAGCUGGACCAUGUGGAGGAUUCAGUUGCUUGAACAAAGUAUAUGCCAGGCGCGAGCUGCUGUUAUGGUGUACGAUGAUGGCAAUAAGAAGUGGGUACCAGCUGGUGGAGCAACUGGAUUCAGUAGAGUACAUAUUUACCACCACACAGGCAACAACACGUUCCGAGUAGUGGGGAGAAAAAUUCAGGACCAUCAGGUGGUGAUAAACUGUGCCAUUCCGAAGGGACUGAAGUAUAACCAGGCCACACAGACCUUUCAUCAGUGGCGAGAUGCCAGGCAGGUGUACGGUCUGAACUUUGGUAGUAAAGAAGAUGCCAAUGUGUUUGCAAGUGCUAUGAUGCAUGCCCUGGAAGUUCUAAAUUCUCAGGAUUCAGGUCCAACGCUGUCACGACAGAAUUCACAACUAUUUCCACAAGUGCAGAAUGGUCCAUGCCAAGAGGAACUGGAAAUUCAGAGGCGACAACUUCAGGAGCAGCAACGGCAGAAGGAACUAGAAAGAGAACGCUUGGAGCGUGAGCGAAUGGAACGCGAAAAGUUGGAAAGGGAAAGGCUUGAACAGGAACAAGUAGAACGUGAAAAACAAGAGAGAGAAAAACAUGAGCGUAUGGAACAAGAAAGACAGGAACGAGAAAGGCAAGAAAGAGAGGAAAUGGAACGGCAAGAAAGAGAGCAACAAGAACAGCUUGAGAGAGAACAGCUAGAAUGGGAGUUGGAACGAAGGAUGUCGUCUGCUGGUAUUGCCCCAACAAGCGACGGUGUACAAGGACCACCAGCCCCUCCACCUGCACCCCCUCUUCCUCCUGGGCCACCACAGCUACCGACAUCAGGACCACCACCGCCACCAGUUCCACCACCUGCACCUCCACUGCCAGUAUCAGGACCACCUCCUCCACCUGGACCACCACCACUUCCAGGGCAAACCUUACCUCCUGCCCCACCUCUUCCUCCUGCCCCACCUCUUCCCUCCUCAGGUUUUUCAUCAUCCUUGGCUGAAGAUGAUCGUCCAUUGACAGGAUUAGCAGCUGCAUUGGCUGGGGCAAAACUCAGAAAAGUGGCCCGGGCUGACGAAGGCUCAAGUUCUGUAAUGGGCAGCAUUGGUUCAGUGUCUACUCCUAAAUCGGAGUCCUCACGGAGUAAUGGAGCUCCAAUUUCUAUAGGAGGUACUGGUCUGAUGGAAGAAAUGAGUGCCCUGCUGGCCAGGAGGAGGAGGAUCGCUGAGAAGGGUUCAGUUCCUGAACUAGAUGCAAAAGAGGAGAAGAAUGAAGAAUCUGAAUCUUCAAAUAUGAAAGCCCCAGUUGCAGCAACCACAUCAGAAACAACUAGAAAGCCUUGGGAAAGAUCAAGCACUGUAAAUGGCAACAAAUCGCCAGUAAUAUCCAGACGAGAUUCUCCGUGGAGAAAUCAGCUGAUCUCUGACAACAAGUUCUAUGAUACAUUAAACAGAAGCAAAUCUGCAUCAAGUGGCCCAGCAAAUACUAAUGGUGUGCAAGCAGAAUUCUUGGAUUACGACAGAUUGAAACAGGAUCUCUUGGAAGAAAUGAGGAAAGAGCUUCAGAAACUAAAAGAAGAGCUUAUCAAUGCAAUCAGACAGGAACUGAGUAAAUCCAACAAUGCGUAGACAACGUAUCAAAUGGAAUUGACCCUUUAAUUAAGAAGUGAUGACAAAUGACAGUGAGAGGGUGAUGAGAAAAUGACAAGACAUCCAGCAAAAAAUGGGAGGGAAGAGCUCUCCCAUAUUCUGCAGUUGGAGAUUUUGCGGGCAGCCUCAUCACACCGUUGUGCUUUUCUUUAUUUUUCCCCCUCACUGCUUGCCGCUUUUUCUGACUUUUUUCUCAGAGGAAGAGAGUCUUCUUACUGUAAAAUUAUGCAAAGUUUCUUAAGUCUGUUGAAAUCUAAUCACAGUGUGCUGAGAAGUCACAUAAAUUGAAAGAAAAAAAUUUGCACAACAAUUGUGUUUCUUUUCAUUUUUUUCCUCUAGGAGGUGGCUUAUAAUUUGAGCACAAAUCUUGGAGACAGCUAACUAUAGAGCAGUUAGUGCUACACCUUUCCCAGGAAUAUGGUCUUACCUGAAUUGGAAUGGCAAAGUUUAUACAUAUAGGAAGAUGCAUUGAGUAUAAAAGCCUGGCAGAAUGUUUUGUGCCUGUAGUGAGGGUGUCCUGGGAUUAUGUUUUUUUUUAAUAUUCAAAGCAUUGGCAGUUCACAGGGUUUAAGGAUACAGAGAUGCCUUCCUUAGUUUAUUAUCGUGAUAAUGCUUUACCAAAUCAAAGACUUGUCUGUUAAUCCAAUCAAUAAUGUAAGUUAAUCAGUGCAGUGUCUGUAAUCAUUUUUUCCCUGAUUGCGCAUGUUGAGAUGUAAUUCUUUUUAUAGAUCAAAAUUGUCUGUAAAUUGGUAUUUUAUCCCAUUCUAUCUGAGCAAUAGUCAGUCAUGUUAAUUUUCCAUCCAGUUGCCUUUUCUCAUGUAGGGCGUGGGGAGAGAGUGAAGCUGAGCAAUCUGACACAACGUUCUCGUGUGGCUCACAUCUGUAUAUUCUGAUAGACCUUGUGCAUUUCUGCACACAUUUAGUUUUUCUGAUCAGUUUUCAUAAAGUAUUUGUGGCUAAUAGAAGAGAAACACUUUCCAAUGUCUUUUGUUCAUUUAUUUUUGCUUGACACGCAGAUGUGAUCCAAAAGUACACAUGAAAGGACAUUGAACUAUUAUGGGUAUGAUUAUAGAGAUCCCUUAAUUCCUAAUCAUUGGGUAGAGUCCUGAGCAUUGGCCUCCUUUGUAGCUGCAAGUUUAAACAAUGUCCUCCUCACAAAGUCACUUGCUGCUAAGAUGGAACACUUCGUUUCCACUCGGUAUUUUAUCCAGCAGUUUAGAGACCCUGUGAAGCAGGUGGGUUUCAUAGCAGGCACAUGGGAUGUUUUCCACCAAAAUCCCCAUCCACCAUAUCUGCAGGUAGCUUUGGGACAUGUUUGCUAUCUUUUCUGGGAUACUGAAGGAGUCCUGUUCCAUUUGUGUAUGUAGACUUAACUGAAGCUAUGCAUAAAGUUUUUUUGGAAAGAUUUGUAGCUCUGGUCGUGGAUGAGGUUGCAGACUUGCUCGCCAAGCUGAUGUGUUUAAUUGCAGAUGUUUCAUCAUCCUGCUACAUUUCACCGGAGGUGCACUGAUGAUGCUACCUAGCAGGGUGUUGAGAAGUCUGCAGUCCAUCACACCAGCUCAGUGAGCAAGUCUGCAACCCAAAGCUAUGCAUAUUAAGCAUGAACAUUGGUUUCUCACUUAGUCUCGUAAUGUAUGAAAAACAAAUUGAUCCCAGAAUUGAAUUUUUUUUUUAAUGUAGCCUGGCUUUUUUAAAAUUCAAUUUUUAGCCUGAUGUGGCCCUCCAGCUUUCACAGUUGGAGUGAUAGGGCAUUGCUGUGAUAUUAUAAUCGUUCUUUGAAGAGGGAGCCACUCCAGAAACAGGCCACCAACUCUUAACUAUUUAAGUUGGAUUAGUCCCUGCUGUUUGGGAUAGCACCCACAUACAUAAUGGCUGUGAAGCAGGAUUCUUGAAUUUCAAAUCCGUUACAUUUAGUAACUUCUUGAAACUGAUUUUUUAUUUGCUGCAGACAGUUACUAAUGGCUUGCCUUGCUUCCAGCAUUACUCAUCUCUAGUAAUCACCCAUCACUUAUGAGCCACAUGACUGUGUUUCGAGAACCAGAUUUUUUUUUGUUUAAAGGUGGCAUUACUGCUUUAUAUGCAGCACUGCUUCAGGGACUGUCAUUGCUAUCAGAAUAAAAUUCAUUUUCCUUGCCCAAUGUGGGAAUUAUGAACAGGGUGCUUAAUCACUUUUUUUAAAAAGUCCUUCAGUAAGAUUGGUGUUUUUGUUUUGGCAUAUCCUAAAUUGAAAUCCCGUGUUAACUACAGUGUUAACCCAAAAGCUUUCAGUUAAAAAUGUCUAUGUGCGUUAGCAACUAUCGUUCAAAAAAAAAGUCAAAUAAUUUCAAUAACAAAAUUGUAUAAACAGCUUUCGAAAUUUUAUAAAAUCUUCAGUUCGUAUCUUGUGGUCCUUGAUCAUUGAAGUAUAGAUAAUAGUUGCCAGUAUAGCUCAGAAUCCUAGUCAGCUGUUGAAUGGUGGAUGAGUGUAGUUGUAUCUUUGUUGUCUAGAUUAUGCUGAACUCAUGGGAUCUAAUGAAAGUUCUAGAAAAGUAAACUUGUGUAAAAGAUAAUGAAAUGGCUGAUGUGAUUGUCAAGAUGAUCAUUAACCACUUAAUUUCAAAGCAUUUUUCACUAUGGUAUUCAGAUGUAUAAAAGCAUACUCUUAAACAAAAUAAUCACAAACACUGUUGUUUUUUACAUUAAGAAACAUUUAAUUUUUUUGUAUAAAAGGUGAGACUUUUCCUUUUUGAAAUGUUCAUUAAUUCUUUUCCUUGGUUCAUCUCCAAGUAUUCAGAUCAAUAGAUUCAGAAGAAUAUCAAGGGGAAAGGCAUUGGUGAUGUUGUGGGAUGGUCAUGUUCCUUAAAUAACUUAUUCUUUUCCUAAAUUUCAAUAGAGGUGAUUGGCCUCUGCAUAUUUGUCUGUCCACAAAGUGGACUUGUGAUAAUUGUGCAGAAGAGGAUCUUGGCCACAGUCCUAAAUUCUAACACCAGGGUAACUUGUAUAUUGGAGUUUCCAAGUGUUACAUCAGCCAGUGCUUUGAGCUUAAACCAACUCCUUCACAGAUGAUGGGCAAAGUUUAUUCUGCCAGUUAAAAAUAACUUGGGAAAACUAUUUGUUAAUUCCACACUCCUAAACAAUCUAGUCUUCCUUACUUGUGGAAAGAAUGUUGUAGUUUGCAGUUCUCAUCCAGUACUCACGUGGAGCAAGAGUCAAAAUACUGGUACAUAGAAUCCCUACAGUUGGAAGCAGGCGAUUCAGCCCAUUAAGGUUCACAUGACCACUUUUAAUCACAGCUAUCUCAGAUGUACUUUUAAGUCAAUAGUUAAGCUAAAAAACUUGCCUUUCCUAUGAGUCAACAGAAAUUAGGUAUUCUUGUUUUGUUUAAUUAGCAGUGCAGCUAUUCAGUGGACCAUUGUACCUUAACCAAUAGACCUGUCUGUAUAGAAAUGCUUUUCAAAAAAUAGUUCCACCUCAUAUUAAACGUGGAAUUUUUUAAAAAAGCAUUAUUCUGGUUUAGCUGAAAUAAUUUGUCAGAAAUCACACAACACCAGGUUAUAAUCCAACAGGUUUACUUGAAAACACAAGCUU